GGCACCAGUCGUGUACUACUGCUCUUUGUAGUACGCUAAUCCUGUCAAAUAAGACUUGGUAAUCGCGACUGCAACAUUGUUAUGCGACUGUUCGAUACCAUCGGUUUCCUCUUGGUGUCCAGCUUGGCCCCUCGAUGUCACCUAGGACCAGACUCAGGAAGUUGGUAUAGCCCAAAGAUCGUAAUGCAGCCAUUGAGAAAGGAAUAAGGCACGAAGUGCAAACUGUUAAGAAAGUUCAUUACAGGUUCUAGGCUGGCCUCAUGCCUUUUCACCGCGGUCAGCGAACGAGGCCGACGAGUCGUGUCUUUUGUACUGGUCAAGGACCUCAGUGAACAAUAGAGACAAACCCAUGUUUUUAAAACCAACUUGUAAUGAAUGACUAGCCAAGCAGUGAUGACCACACAGCGUCGCGGUCCAUGACAAGGCUGGACCAACAGUACUUUGAGCCUUCCCAACACAGUUGUUUGGGACUCCCUAGUUGUUUGUAUUCACCGAUUACGCACACACACUUCACCGGUAUCAAAGAAUCCCCAAACAUUGCUGCUAGGAGUCGGUAAACAGUCCAUUCGACCCGACGCGGUGAGACCGACAUUUUGGUCAGUUUGAACAAGGAUGAGUUUGCGGUGUUGUCUGAUAUGAGUUAGCCGGUUUUUCCAGCUUGAGUGUGCUUUGGUAAAGAAGGGAUUGUUUGAGCAAUGCCACUGGUGAUUUCUGUGCGUAUUUGACGAGAUCCGUGAAAAGCGGAUGCCACUUGUUGCUCCCACUUAGUGAAGCGUCGUAUGUUCCUCUGGCGUAAUGAGACUCCUGGAUUACAUGGGACAAGAUCAUGAAAUACUUUGAGAAUACAUGUACAUGUGGUUCCCUGGUCGAUUGAAGAUCGACUUGCCAUUCAUAGAAAACUUACUAGAAUUGGACUGUUUGGCGAUAGUUUCAAGUUUGCUUCUGGUUCCUGUUUUACGAGAACGAAGUUCGCGUAAGGAUCAGUUAAAACGGAGUUGGAUAUAUUGGGAUUUAGGCCUAGUGGAUGGAACAAGAGACUCUUGAGGUUUAGGUUAAACUUGGAACAUGGGUGUCACACUCGGAAAAGGUAAGCAAGAUGAGAAGAAGGCUCCUAUCGACAACUUCCGCCGAGCUGCAAAGGUGGUAACAAUCAUGCGGAAAACUAGCCGCGAUGCCUCAACGAGGCUUGCCGACGACAGGUUGCAAGAACCCCACUCCGCACCUGCUAUUGAAACGGUCGCCGAGGAGACAGAAUUGGUCAGGAAAGAAUCUCAGGCCUUACUGGAAGACUUGAGGAACAUGUCCAGCAAGAAAGAGACGGGGUCUCGUCAGCAGAAGGUGGUGGACGAUUCACGGACUCUCGUGUUCAAGGAUACGACGGAUGCCUGGGCCGCUUUACGGGAGGGAUUUGUGGAUGAGACAACGGAGCUCCCAGACACGGAGUUUAGCUUGGUGGAAUCGGCCAUCAGCGGGUAUAGAACGGUGGAGCGAGUCAGGGGUACCAAUGAAGAUGACCCAUCAAGGGGCGGGGAGCAAGAACAGCAGAGGGGAAGAUCUCAAAGUAACCAGAGUGAUUUGAACAUUCCAUACACUCUACCGGCUGAAUCAGAUCAGCUUUCUAACGACGAGAAAUGUGCUAUCUGCCGUUCCCACUCCGGAGGGAUCUUAUUUCCCUGUCGAAUUUGCACCCACGUGUUCCACGAGUCCUGUCUGCAGAAGUCCGGACGGGUUCAGGACUCCACCGCUCGGCAGCUUUUGCGCAGGGCAAAUGCUGGCGUGGGCUGGUCAUGUCACGAAUGCGAAGACCUAAGUAAGCUGUUACAUCAAGAUGAUAUGUUCGAACUGAUGGAGGUGUUUGAAACGGCUGACAUUGAUUCAGAUGCGAGCAUAUCGCUGGAGGAAUUCAUGGCUUUCAGAAGGAGAGUAUUCAAGGACCGACACGAUCGUGACAUGUUAUCACAUGAAGAGGAAGACGAGAUUAAUCAGUUUAAGGCUAUUGACACGGACCGGACUGGUAGCCUAUCCUGGUGGGAGUUUCUGAGUCACGAAGCUGUCCGUAGAUUGUCAUCGCAGUCAAAGAAGAGUUUGGCUAAGAAGCUUUCACCCAAGGAGGUUCAGACUGCGCGGGAAAACUUUCGCGCGUUUGACACGGACGGUGAUGGCGUCAUCACGGAGUUCGAAGCACGCAGGGCCUACAGAAGCUGGUACUCAAACUUCAUCCCUGAUCCUAACGAGAUGACACUCAGAGAGAGUGACAGUGAAACAAACCAUACAAAUGAGGAAAACAGUAAAAGGAGGAAGAUACCCGAGGACAUAUGGUUAGCGAGAAGUAAGGAACUGAACACUCACGUCGACGCCAAUACCAACCUGCUCAUGAGCGGCGAUACAGACGGCUCCGGAACCAUUUCCUGGGAGGAAUACCUCUUGGAGCAGGCCUUGUUUAUUAUCGCAGCUCGGCCGAACGUCGGUCCCGUCAAAUUGAACCGACGCCCAAGCUUCGCCCAGUAAACAGACAAAAUGACAGUCGUGGAGGGGCUGAACUGAACGGAAUGCGAAAAGACAAUCAAAUUUGGGUGUGGUCGCCUUACGAACUUGAAGCAGCUUCAUCAGCAUCAGGGGCUUGCUGUUUUUAUCAAAUCGCCUUUUGAUAAUGCUUUAUUUAUAAUAAUUUACCAUCCAUGCGUAAAAUUUAAGUGAGGGGCAUUGGUGUUUUGAGGAAAGAAAGGGUUCAGUCUAAAUGUUUUUGAAACCCCGGAACACUGCACGCCCCUGGAACACGUGCGAGUAAAAUAAAAGAAAGUAUACUUGUUGGAUUAAUCUUAAGUAAUAUUGGGAAAUUUCCUUUAAUUUGCCUGUAUUUAAGUGUCAGAGGUCAAAUCCUCAAAACUCGUCACAAAAAUGGUCGAUUACAAAGGUCACAAGGAUACUUCAAUUCUAUUUUGCUUUAACCCUCAGUCGGUGUAACAGCCAUCAUUUGCAUCACUAAUAAAACCAGAAGAAAAUUACAGUCGUCGCAGGGAGGGGUGUCGUCCCCAUUGGUUCAUUUUUGUCGACAAAAUCAUAGUCUGUCGUUAACAUAAGCAAAAAGAACGGAGAAUGAAGAUGAAAGGACGAAGGAUACAGUACACGGUCUGUUGAAUGGCAAAUUUCAUGUGGCAAAUCCCCCCAUUAAAAAUGGUCUAGCAACGCCCAAGAGAACACUGUUGCUAUUGUUAUCGUUGAGAUUAAAAUUAAACUAACAUCUGCCACAUAGAGCCCAGCCUUGUUGAUUUUUGUGUGAAAUAGUGCACAACAAAUCGGUAAUAAUCCUUUUAUUGAAUAACAUUCUGAAUAAUGGUCAUCACUGUUUUAAAAGUAAAAAAAAAAUUAAUUUCUGAUCGAAGUUUCAAUGUCUUCAUAAUAAAUGUCUUCAGAAUAAAUGUGAUCUCUAAAAAUGUUUCCACUCGAAACAUCGGUGAUUUGAAAGUA